AUGAGUACUAUGGAAGAAAUUGAAGAAGAGUCGAAAGCAGCAGCAGAGAAAAUGGUCAUGAAUAUGAUGCAAAGACCCGGACAGCUUGAGAAGGUAGAGCAAUAUAAAAAAAGAAUUACUCACAAGAAAGCCUCUAUUGAAGCACAACUGAAGUCAGCAGUUCAAGGAAAACUAGAUGGGGUUAGCGUUGGAUUAAAACAAUUACAAGAGUGUUUGGAUGAUAUUCAUUUAAUAAGUAACAAAAUGGAUGAACUAGAAGAUCUCUUGAAAGGUGUACCACCGUUAGUGGCGUCGUUACAAGCAGUGAGAGAAGAGGAUUCACGUCACUCACAGUAUGUGACAGCAAUGGAUAGCUUAAAACAUAUAUUUACAGUUCCAGAGAGUGUGGCUAAAACAAAACAAUGGAUUGGAGAGGGAAAGCUAUUGCAUGCUCAUCAGUGUUUAAGUGACUUGGAAAAUUCAAGAGAUGAUCUACUGUAUGAGCUACACAGGUUACCGAAUCAGUCGUCACAUGAUAAGAUCAUGCUUAAAGCAUAUUUUGAAGACGUGGAAAUGGUAUCGAAUUUGCUUGAGAAACAGAUAAAAUUAAUUUUAGCCAGAACUUUAAACACAGUUAGGAAGGAACCAACGGUCAUUGUGACAGCUCUAAGAAUAAUUGAGAGAGAAGAAAAAAGAGAUCAAAUGGCAUUACAGCAACAGGAUCAAUCUGGUUUCAUGCCUCCGGGUAGACCUAAGAAUUGGCGGACCAAAGCUUUCGAAGUUCUAGAAUGUGCCGUCGCUCAACGCGUUGAAGGCACCCGUGUAGAUGAAAGGGAAGAUAAUAAACUAUGGCUGAUAAGAUACUUGGAGUUAACAAGACAACUUAUAUUAGAAGAUUUGAGAGUAGUUAAAACAUUAUGUGUACCAUGUUUCCCUCCGCACUAUGACAUUGUCAAUAAAUAUGUGAAUAUGUAUCACACUUGUUUGUCAUCUAGUUUGCAAGAUAUAGUACAGAAUGGUUUAGAAGGUAAUGAAUAUGUUACACUCUUGUCUUGGAUUCUAAACACGUAUGCUGGCACGGAAUUGAUGGGGAGUCCAGAGGUUGCCAUUGAUGUGUCAACUUUACCACCAUUACUCAGCGAUGACAUCAUGCAGAAAUUACAAGAUGAAUAUUUACAAAAAAUGGAGGCCAAUUAUAUGGAGUGGAUGGAAAAGGCGUUGUCCACGGAGCGAGCGGGCUGGUCAGCGGAGCGCCCGCCGGAUGUGGAGCCCCACACAAACGCGUUCCACACACACGCGCCGCUCAUUAUAUUCCAGAUGAUCGAUCAGAACUUGCAGGUUACCGAGACUAUCAGCAAGGAUAUUACUUUCAAGGCGUUGUUGCUGAGUAUCGACCAAGUUACUCGUUUCGGUAACAUGUACAGAGAGGGCGUUAUACAGUUCAAGAACACUCAUUUCUCGGAUCGUUCCCGCAUGGCGUACUUCACGCACCACAUGAUAACUAUAGUUAACAACAGCGAGCAAAUGGUGAGGCUCGCUCAGCAGACGCAGAGCCGACGCUGGCCGCCCGCCAAGCACCAUCCGCCCGCUGAGAGGAGCUUCGAUAAACUGUUGACGACCUUCCAGAAUCUGAGAGAUGAAGCAGCAAAGUUCUUACUGGAGGAAGCUUUUUUGGAUUUGGAAGAGCAUUUUGACGACCUUUUCACCGUUAAGUGGCUAGCUUCGACCAUACCAGUAGAUACGAUCUGCGUCACUUUAGAGGACUACUUCCAGGAUUACAACCACUUGAGAGAGAAGAACUUCGAAUACGUCAUAAAUGAGGCCCAGAACCUCGUGUACAGGAAAUAUAUAACCGCGAUGCUCUCCAAGAAAAUAACUUUCAAAACGUCAGAAGAGGCUCAGCAGGCGGCUGUGAAAAUUGUCAAAGAGGCGAAUCAAUUGCGGUCGUUCUUCAGAAAAAUAGCGUUGAAUGCUGAAGGCAUCAAUGUGGACUGGCCGUUCGAAGUUAUCAGUUUGCUGGCCGAAGUACUACGUUGUCAAGACAUCGAGAUGCUCUCACUAGACCUGCACAGUCUGUUGGAGAAGUGUCCGUCCAUGUCCGAGGAGCAGAUGGUCCGUCUGUUAGCUCUACGGGGAGACGUGCCUCGCUCGCACGUGCGGGACACAGUGACACACGUGCGGGCCGCGCGCCAGCCGCCCCGCGCCCCGCCACACCCCGCCAUCACACAGCUCUUCAAGGACAUCACCUUCAACGACCGUCUGCUGUCUCACUUCACUUUAUGA